ACCGACAAAAACAACAUCUGUCAGAAGUCAAACUGAAAAAUCUUUUUCGGUAAAAUUGACGAAUUCGAAGCUCGAAUAGAUAGAUAUCGAAAUAUUUGUUAAUGAAUAAGAAGAAAUAAUUACUAAUUGUUACAAUGACUGCGGCUAAUAAUGAAUAUCCAAAGGCUUCCAAUGCCACCUUAAUAGGAGCGACCAUUACUUACAUCGCGGGACUGUUCCUGUUGUUGUCUUUUGCUGGACCGUAUUGGAUUAAAUCAUAUUCGGGAAUGUUCUCUUCGUUUAAACACAUGGGCCUAUGGGAAUACUGUUUUGAUCGCUUCAGAUUUCCCUCCUAUCAGUAUGAUAAGUAUUUUGAUGGUUGUCAUUACAUUUUCGGUCAAGAGUUAUACGUCAUCCGUGAAUGGUUGCUGCCGGCAUGGUUAAUGGCAGUUCAGACAUUUGUGACAUUAGCUUUGAUGCUGUCUUUCAUGGCACAGAUACUACUGGCCUGCGUAGUAGUUCGCAUGCCACUUAGAACAGUGCUGCGAUAUGAAUGGAUAUUCGUAUCUAUUUCAUUUAUUAUGGUUGCCAUAUCUAGUGUGUUUCUAUUUCUCGCUGUUGCAAUAUUUGGAGGCAACUGCUAUCGUCGUGAUUGGUUGCUGUAUCCAUCGUUCAAUAUUCUUUCUUGGUCUUAUGCAUUUGCUGUUGUUGCCUUCAUAUUGUUUGGUUUGGCAGCAAUUCUUUUAUUUUUGGAAUCACGUAAAUUAUAUGAGCUGCGAUUGGAAGCUAAGAAUCUUGUAGCUCAAAUGCAACACAGCCAGCCUGAGCAUGCUUUGCAUCAAUUGCGUGAUCAGUUGCAUCAACAACAGCAACUUGGAUAUUUUAGGAACUAAAUAUUAUAAUCUAACUAAAUAUUUUAUUAUCAACGCGUUUUCCUGAAUUAAACAGUAAUACAAAUAUUGCAAAGUCCAUUAAACACAAAUAUUCACACAGUUUGAUAGUUGUAUAAUAGUGAACACAAUGUUUUACACUAAUUUUGACCUUAUGGUGCUUUUCCGCGGAUAUGGAUGGCAAUAUUUAUGUUUGCAACUCCUUAGAAAGUCAACAACACAAUGUACAGUAAUACAAUGACAGUAACAUAAUGUUGUCAAAUUUUUUAUUGAGGUCUUAAUUGCAAAAGUAUUUCAGAAACAACAUAAAAUUGCCACUUUCCUUUUGCAAAGACAGCCUUGGAUUUAAUCUUGCAUUAGUUGUAAACUAUAAAUCUCUAAAAUAUUCAAUCAUACUAUUUAAAGACAAAACUGACUUAAACUUGUAUUUUUAGUAACUAAGACUUAUAUAUUUUAGUAAUAUUUGGUAAAAUUAGAACUUGCUAUUUUAAUGUUUAAUUUUACAUUUAAGUUUGAAUCUGUCAAUUUUAGAGCAUCUUCAUUAAAGUUGAGACGGCUCAAAAAAUAUUAUUUUAAAGGUAUAUUCCACAGAUUAAAUUAAGAUAUAUAUUAGGUCCUUACAUAUGAAAUUAGCAUUUUGUCGUACUGACCACUUUGAUCUGAAAUAUCUCCUUUUUGGUUAAGAAUUUCAAAUUCAAAUUGAUAAUUCAUUUAGCUGGUAAAAAAAACUUGAACGAUGGGUACCUCAUGAAUUGAGUAAAUCGAACUUGCAAACACGCAUCGACUGCUGUGUUACUUUGCUCAACCGACACAAUAAUGAAGGGAUUUUAACUAAUCUGAUAUUCGGAAUAAUAAUCCGAUAAUCGGAAGCGCUGGUCAUGGCUGAACCCUGGAGACCAGCCAAAUCCUGCCCUAAACGAAAAUUGAGUUAGAAAAAGUAACUUAUGAGUGUUUGGCGGAUUAGCACCGGUGUCGUUCACUACAGCUUUCUAAAAUCUGGCCAAACGAUUACGGCACAUAUCAGUUGUCAGCAACCGCAAACCAUGAAGGAAGAACAAGCUGCUAAACAACCGAGAUUGGUCAAUCGCUCUAGGCCACUGCUGCUUCACGACAACGCAAGACCACACACUGUACAAUAAACAACCACUAAGUUAGAUGAGCUACAACUGGAAUGUCUGCGACAUCCACCGUACUCCCCGGACCUUGCUCCAACAGAUUACACUUUUUUUCCGGAAUUUGGAAUCCUUCUUACAAGGAAAAAAAAUCAACUCCGAUGCGGCAGUCCAAACCGCCUUCAAGGAGUUUAUUGAUUCUCCAUGGUUUUUUUAGUAAAGGGAUCAAUGAAGUACCUAUGAGAUGGCAAAAGUGCAUAGAUAACAACGCUGAAUACAUUGAUUAAUUAAUAUAUUUUACAAAAAAAAAUUUACUUUAUAUUCCUCCCGCACAAAACGCCAAUUUCAUAUGUAAGGACCUAAUAUAUAGUGACAGUUAAAUACAAAAAGGGUAUUUAUUUUGUGUUUGGAGAAUGCCCUUGAGGUGUAGUAAAAUGAUGAGAUAAGUUGGUAAUAAUAAAAAAAAAAAUUGCAGAAUUUUAGUCAAGGUUUAUUGAAAUCAGAGGACAGCAAGAAAAUCAGAUGAUUUAGAAAAUCAGAUAAUUCACAGAAAGGAAUCUCAAAGAGUUUGUAAGUGCCGUCACAACUUUUAAACUUAUUGAAUUUUAGUUCAAUAUUUAAUAAAUAUGACGGAAUAAUAAAGUAAACGCAAGGUUUAUAAAAUCACUUAUUUGUAUGAAUCUCAUUCUGUAAUGAAAUCCGUCCAUAAUGUCAAAAGUAUUUGAUUGACAGUGUAUGUUUAAGAUUAGACUCAUAUUACAUAUUAAUAAGGGCUGAGAUGGCUAGUAAAAGACGACCGCAUGAUUAAAUGCGUCUGAGAAUCAUGGACUUUAAUUCAUUUCAAAUCUAAUACAUACAAUCAAACCGACACAUAAUGCAUUGAGCAAUGUGGUGGAAUCUUUAAAUUCUUCUUGGAGGAGGCUUUAACUCAGUAGUGGGAUUUUCUGGUAUAUAUGAUAUAAUAAUUGCUACCAUAAGAAAUUGAUACGCUAUAUCUCGUUACAAACACUGCCAUGGCAAUACAAUGUGAUAUGAGUCUUAAUUGUAAUUUAUAUUAUAUUAUUAAUUUGAUUAUUUCUUAAGUAAGCAUUUACUUCUUUUAGAAGUUGAAUUAAUAAGUUUUAUACUUUAGUGUUGAUGCAAAUUUUUUUGCUUUAAUUGUCAUUCAAUGUAUUUUAAGAAUUAUGCAACAUGAGUAUUUACUUAACUUUUUUAUUUUUAUAAUUUUUAUUAAGUUAGAAAGAAUUACUUACUAUGUUAUAUUAUAGCAGUAGAUUGCACAAGUUUUUUGGAUGCGGUAACAAUCAAAUUGAAAAAUAUUAAUUAUCGAUAUGUAUGCAGUCUUAUGAGCUUUGUAGGAAAUAUAUUACCGAAUAUUAAUAUACUAUAAGCAUUCCAAUACAUUUGGUGUCAAAGGACACAUGAAUCUUCUAUUUUUUAUAUCACUUAACUUGAUACAUGAUGUAGUCAUGUGAAAGCCAUUAUAACGUAUUAGAAAGUAUUUUUGUAAGACAAAAAUUAGAAGUGCACAUUUACUGUAUGAAAUAAGUUUUCUUGUAUUAAAAGUGUAUUUUCAUAUAA